UCAUCUUUUGUUAAUGGAUUCGAGCCCAAUCCAUCCCGCUUUGAGAAUAUGUCAGUCGACGCCGAUGAAGAGGCUAUUGAUGCUCGGCGUACCUGGAUUGAGGCCUGUUUCGCCUCGCUAUCUGAACCCUAUAUCAAGGUUUUUGGCCCCAUGCCUUCCUUCCGGGAAGUUGGCCUAGUUCCAGCGCUUUUCGCCCGCCUUUCUUUUAUCUAUCGCCUUGUAUGCUGGCCACUUCAUCUAGUGUUUUGCUGCACAGUACCUGAUUGUCGGCUUCCUCGCUGGCGCCGGAUGCGUGCCCAUUGGGCCAGUUUCAUCAUUUGUUGUUUUUGGAUAGGCUUCUUUACUACUGGAAUGAUCUGGAUGAUCACUGUUGUAGGUGGGCAUCAAGGCUCUGUUUUCCGAAUACUGCAAGCAUACUCACACUCGUGUCUAUUGAGCUAUGAUUAA